AGAGGUCAGGCCGGCGUCGGGCGGGCGUGGGGAAGCCCCCAAGAUGGCGAAGGAUGACCCGUCGGUCCGCUGCCUCCAAGGCCUACUGGUGUUCGGGAACGUGGUCAUCGCGAUGAGCGGGCUGGCCCUGAUGGGGGAGUGCAUCUUCUUCGUGACGGACCCUUGGCGCCUGUACGGGCUGCUGGAAGCCACGGACAACGACGACGUCUUCGGCGCAGCCUGGAUCGCAAUCUUCACUGGCUUCUCCCUCUUCUGCCUGGCCGUCCUCGGCAUCGUGGCUCUCCUCCGGGCCAGCCGCAAGCUGCUCUUGGCGUAUCUCAUCCUGAUGUUCGUGGUGUACGCGUUUGAGAUGGCGUCCUGCAUCACAGCGGCCACGCAGCAGGACUUUUUCACGCCCAACCUCUUUCUGAGGCAGAUGCUGGAAAGGUACCAGAACCAGAGCGGCCCGACCAACGACGACCAGUACAAGAACGACAAGGUCACGGCCAUCUGGGAUCGCCUCAUGCUCCAGGAAAAAUGCUGCGGAGUGAACGGCCCUUCGGACUGGCAGAACUACCAUUCGGUCUUCCGCCUCACUCACGAGGACGCGGAAUUCCCCUGGCCGCACCAGUGCUGUGCCCGGGACGGGCAGUAUCGUCCGCUCAACCUGGACGGGUGCAAGUUGGGCGUCCCCAGCUACUACCACAAAGAGGGCUGCUACCAGAUGAUCUCCGACCCGCUGAACCGACAGGCCUGGGGUGUGGCCUGGUUUGGCUUCGCCAUCCUGUGCUGGACGUUCUGCGUGCUCUUGGGCGUCAUGUUCUACUGGAGCCAGAUUGAGCCCUGAAGACCGGCAAGUGGGCUCGGAUCAAAACCGCCCGGGCUACCUCCCCCCGCGACCCCCCGAAACCCUCUCACGCGCCGGGGCUGCUGCUGUCCCUUAAUAAUUGUGGUAUUUAGGCGCUUACUAAGUGCCGGGCACUGUUCUUAGCGCUAGGGUAGAUACACGCUCAUCAGGUUGGCCACGUGGCGCACUUUAUAUAGUGUUUGUUAAGCGCUUGACUUAGACAAAAUUAGCAGAUUUGGGGCCCAGCAUCCGGAGGGCCGAUUCUCUGGAGAAGAAACUGAGGCAAGGAAAAGUCCCGGGGAAAGGUGGAAGAGGCAGCCCGGACGCUAGCGGGAUAGAAACUAUCACAACGAGAACGGAAAAACCGUCAGAAAAGUGGCAGGGGAUGGCAGAGGGCGGAACGUCCUGGAGAAAGUAGAUCCGUGGAGUCGCUAUAAAUCGGAAAUGACUCGCCGCCCCUUAAAAAUAACAACAAGCGUUUACUAUGUGCCGAGCACUGUUCUAAGCGCCGGGGUAGAGAUGAGUUCAUCA